GAAUAAACCGGGGACGGCGGUGACAGCCAGCGCUGGAGAAACCCCCCCACACUGUGCACAGCCCCGGGGAGGGGGCUCAAAACCCACCCGUGCUGCCUUCCCUCACCCUCCUGGACUUUUUAGGGUUGGGAAAUAUCUUUGCACGGCCUCACCCUGCAGCCUGAGUUUUGGGACACCCGUCUGCUCCCCCCGGUGCACCCCAGGAGCCACCUCCAGCCUGGAGGGGGAGAAACCCCCACCUUGGAGCAUCCCUGGAUCCGGCGAGCAGCUCCCCCGCGGCGCCGGCUGCCGGGGAAGGGAUGAAGACGCUAUGGCCAAAUUAUUGGUAAAACUCCAGCGGUAUUUUCGGCGGAAGCCCGUGCGGUUCUUCACGCUGCUGGCUCUCUACCUGGCGGCCGGCAGCUUGGUUUUCCUCCACUCGGGCUUCUCCGGGGAACCCACGGUGACGGGGACACAGCGUGGCCCCGGGGCGGGCGAGGGGCCGGGACUGCCCUACCUGGGGGUGAUGCAGCUGAGCCGCGGCUUCAAGGCGGCGGCGACGAUGCCGGAUGGGGGACGGCGCCACGGCCCCUGGUUCAAAAGUACCUCCAAAGAACCGGUGGAGAGGGCUAAAGCCGGAGACUACGGCAGCACCCGCAGCAGGGCGCUCAGGGCCAGGAGCGGCCGCGAGAAGGAGGAGGAUAGAGCAAGAUACAUCGGCUGCUACGUGGACAACACUCGCCGGCGGACGCUGCGCGGCGUGUCCUUCUUUGACUACAAGAAGAUGACAGUCUUCCGUUGCCAGGACAACUGUGCCGAACGGGGCUACCUCUACGCAGGGCUGGAGUUCGGCGCUGAGUGCUACUGUGGACACAAGAUCCAGGCGUCGAAUGCCAGCGAGUCUGAGUGCAACAUGGCGUGCAAGGGGGAGAGGAGCAACAUCUGUGGUGGGGUCAACCGUCUCUCCAUCUACCGCCUGGAGCUGGCCCAGGAAUCUGCCCGGAGAUAUGGCAGUGCAAUAUUUCGGGGGUGCUUCCGCCGGCCGGACAACGUCUCCAUCGCCCUGCCCAUCAGCCAGAUCAUGCUGAACAUGUCGGUGGACAAGUGCGUGGACUUCUGCACCGAGAAGGAGUACCCGCUGUCAGCCCUGGCCGGGACGUUGUGCCGCUGUGGCUUCCCCACCACCCUCUUCACCCUGCACGAGCGUGAGGAUGAGCAGCUCUGUGCCCAGAAAUGUGCCGGGGAGGAGUUCGAGAGCUGUGGCACCACUGAGUACCUCCUGGUCUACCAGACCCAAGUGCAAGACAACCGCUGCAUGGACAGGAGGUUUCUCCCCACCCGUGCCAAGCAGCUGGUGGCCCUGGCCAGCUUCCCUGGCGCCGGCAACACCUGGGCACGCCACCUGAUCGAGCUGGCCACCGGCUUCUACACCGGCAGCUACUACUUCGACGGGUCUCUCUACAACAAAGGGUUCAAGGGUGAGAGGGACCACUGGCGAAGCGGGAGGACGAUUUGCAUCAAAACCCACGAGAGCGGCCAGAAGGAGAUUGAAUCCUUCGACUCGGCCAUCCUGCUCAUCCGAAACCCCUACAAGGCCCUGAUGGCAGAGUUCAACCGCAAAUACGGGGGACACAUCGGCUUCGCGGCUCACGCCCACUGGAAGGGCAAAGAGUGGCCUGAGUUCGUGGCCAACUACGCGCCGUGGUGGGCGACCCACACCCUCGACUGGCUGCGCUACGGCAAGAAGGUGCUGGUGGUGCACUUCGAGGACCUGAAGCGGGACCUCUUCGUCCAGCUGCAGCGGAUGGUGGGGCUGCUGGGCAUCGCCGCCUGCGAGGACCGGCUGCUCUGCGUGGAGGGACAGAAGGACGGCAACUUUAAGCGAUCCGGCUUGAGGAAGUUGGAGUACGACCCUUACACCCCCGAGAUGAGGAAGAUGAUCAGCGGCUACAUCAAAACGGUGGACACGGCUCUGAAACUCCGAAAUCUGUCGGGGGUCCCGGAUGACUACUACCCGAGAUGAUGGUGAUGACGGCGGGGGGGACUUGACCCUGCGUGGCAAGGAAAGGCUCGGUCUCCCCGGCCUCUGCCUACUUCCACCCAGUGGGUGGCUUUUCUUUUAAUUCUCCAUCUUGCUGCUAUUAGCUGUUGAUCAACUCCCUGCAUGAGCAACGAACGGUCCCCAGCCAUCGCUGAGCUUGCUUGGCCGGUGCCGGUGUGGACCCGGGCAUCACCCCCAAAGGGGAUGCGGGUGCCUUCCCCACCGCAGGGUUCCUGCUCCAUCCCCCUCCUGUUUUGGCUACCACAGCCCUCCGUGGCAAUGCAGUGAGCUAUUUGUGCCUGUUCCUUUGGGCUGGUGGGGAUGCUGUGUUGCUCAUGCCAUGCCUGAUGCAACCCCCCAGCACCGGCAACGCUGCCGUGGUGCUGCAAGAGCUGAGCUCUCCUGGGGUGGGUAUCCCCAAAGUCCCUUUGCCCCUUGGCCAGCCCUAGAAGGUCCUGGGAUGGAGCACAUCAGCCUUCCCAAGGGAGGAGAGGACUGGGGGGGUUGGCACCACGCGGUGUUGGGGUGAUGGACCUGUUGGGGUGAUCCACAGGGUGAUGCUCCUGUGGAUCCCAGUGGGAGCUAUGGAAAUCAGGAAGGCUGUGCUGGGGAGAGUGAUGCCUCUGAAUGAGGUGGUUGUGUCCCCCCCUGUGCACCAUCUUUUGGCUCCAUGGGGACCCUCCCUGGGGUGAGGUUGGUGUCCCCAGCCACAACACCAGGCAAUGUUACUGCUCCAGCCCUGGUGACCUGGGGGGCGCCUGUGACCCCCACCUUUGGGGCUGUGGGUGGAAGCCACCCCCAUGUGUGUGGAUGAUGCUCGAGAGGGGGACAUAGGCCCUGGACAGAGGAGCUUACGGGACCCACAGGCUCAUCCGUGCCUCAUUUCCAAAGCUUAUGAGCCAGAAGAGCCCCUCCAGAAGCAGUUUUUGGGCUCCACAAGGUCCAUCAAACCCACACAUAGCGGGGAGAAAAUCCCAGGGCUGAGCUUUUAGGUGUCCCCAGUCCCUCAACGGGUCGUCCCCCCCCACCAUGCCCACACUCUUGCCCUCUGCCUCCCAACGAGCAAGCGAAACCAAAGGAUCUCCCUGCCCGUGGGGAAGGUGCCCCUCGCCAGGCUGGCUUUGUGCAGAGCUGCAUGCGGUCCCCAGCCAUCCCCCCCCUCCCCAUGCCACCCUCCCAGCCCAUCCCCAUCCUGGCUUUGCCGCAAACAAGUUCCC